AUGCGAUGGUUGACGACGUUUACCGCCACCGCGGUGUUGGUCGGAAUUCUGAUGCCGGCAGCUGCUGCAGGACGCCUGGCUCCUUACGCUCCGGAAUGGCCACACCGGUUGACCACGGCCACGUUAACAGCGUACGUGAACAAAACGUUCGGACCGUUGCAGCGGUGCUUGAAAGUGGCGGCUGACGACACUGCUGAGGCAGCCGCCAUAGUGGCCAUGCUCUACCCGCAGCGGGACAACGGCGGUGCGGGCGGACGUCCAUCCGACGUGGACGUCCCCGUUAAGACUAUCGCUUUAGUCACGUCUAAUGACGUUUCGGUGUUCUGUUCUGCCUACGUGGUUGUCGGACGUCGGCUGGAUACGAUCGAAAAUUAUUUCGAGUAUUUUAGAAGUGACGCGGCCGAAAGAAUGUUGGUGGUCUUCUUACAGAGUAGGAACUACAUUAAGCCGUUCAUCAAAUAUUCACCUUCAUACUUCAAUUACAAAGAUGUUAUACUUAUAAAUGUACAUCCACAAAAAGAAACAGUGUAUCAAAUGAGCAUAUACUUCAAAAAAUUUGUUCCUAUUGCCAAGGAACAUGACCAAUGGUUUAGACAUGACUUGCAAGGAAAAAAAAAAGUAAAAAACUUUCAUAAGAUCCGUAUUAAGUUAUUGGCUUACAACAAUUCACUUUUUAGUAGUGUGAUAAAGGAAAAUGGAACGGGAAAAUUAAGCUUAUCGUAUGGCGUUGAAAGUAUUAUAUUCAAAGAAAUCGCUGCAAGAUUAAACAUCACAUGGGACACAUACACGUCUGACGACAAAGACAAAUGGGGGACUGUGUGGUCAAACAAUACAAUAACCGGUGGAGCACUCAAAUGGUUGUACACUAAAAGAGUUGAUGUAUCAUUUUGUUCACUUUGGAUUGAUCAUAUAAAAUCAAAGUUUGUUGACAUGUCUAAAUUUUGGACAUUAACGUGUUUAAAAUUUUUAGUCCCCAAGCCCCAACUGUUGCGAGAAAAAUGGGACUUGCUGUUCAAACCAUUUCCAUUAAAUUUGUGGUUAUUAGUUUUAUUUUCUGCGACAUUGACAACGUUUACAGUAUGGAUAUUGGCUUGCGUUCAAAAAAAAAUUGGCUAUGAAAAAAUCAACGUAUUUACUUCGUUAUCAGCGACCAUCUUUUGGAUUAUCGGAAUGAUGUUAUUGACGAACAAUCCACGUACUUAUCGAAUGGGACCUGUUAGACAUUUGAUCAAUUGGUGGUGCAUAUUUAUAUUCGUCAUGUCUACUUCAUUUUCCAGCAUUCUUUAUUCAUUCAUUACAUCGUCUGAAUAUACAGAUAUUGUUUUAGAAGUUGAAGAUAUGGUGAAAGCGAAUUACCAUUGGGGCCUUACGUAUCCUCCCCCUUAUAAGUAUAUAUUGAAAAUGCAGAAUCCGGCGCACAUGGAGUUCAGCAAGCGGUUCAUACCCGAACGCGGCGUGAACGAUCGGAUCAAGCGACUUGAAGGCGGCCAGUACGCAAUUCUGACAAAGUGCCUGUACGAGAAACACUUUAUGGAAUCGGAAAAUGUUCCGGUGUCCAUGCUGAACAACCUGCGGACGGCCCGGACGUGCAUGAAUCAGUUUUAUAUCGGGUUCGGGUUCGCCAAGUGGUCGCCGUACACGAAACCCGCGAACCUGGUCAUCCAGCGGAUAUUCGAGAGCGGACUAAUCGACUAUUGGCUGAGUCGGGUGACUGAGGUCCGCAUGUCGCCUGCCACGUUCGAGCAGGUGUACGAAGUAAAACCGCGCAGGGGCGGUGACCCUUUGCCGCUUAGCUUCAAACAGUUCAAAGUUGUCAUGGCCGUAUGGAUGGUCGGGUGCGCGCUGUCGACAGCCGUGUUUGCCGUCGAAUGUCGGUACGGUCGCAGCGGCGCAAACCGAUCGCACCGCACAUAA